UUCAAAACGUAAUCAUAUUUUUAUUUAUUUUUGAAACACGAAAGCAAAAGCAAUAAAAAUUUAUUUUUUUACAAAUUCUACGCAACGACAAACAUAUUUCUACAACUUUUUUAUAUUAUUUCCUUACGGAGAAUUGUAUGCAUAUAAUUUUCAUAAAACUCAUUAAAUAUGACUUCGAUGUUACCAACCGCACGUUAUCGACCGGAGGUGCGCAUUGGAAAUUGGUUUGAGGACAUCUGUUUGGAGCAGGAAAAGGUGCAGACUUUCAAGAACCUACGCGAUAAUGGCCAACUGCUUGUGGAGAAGACACGUCGACUCUUCGACAACUUUCACAAAGCCAUCGAAUUGGAGGCGCCCAAAGAGAAUGUCUACUUCGGCGCCAUAGUUCAAUUGAUGCCGAUGAAAAUGAAUAUUUGUGAAGAGCGCGUCAAAGCACAACCCGCACUGUCGGUCAUCAUUAACGAACGCGUCGUACGGCACAGCCAAAAUAUCAAUGAAGAGUGUGAAAUAACAAUCGCGCCCUCGGUAACACCCUGUGUGCGUAAUUCGUUUCGUAUUGUCAGUGGUGAUGAGAAGGAUCGCACCAAUGAGGUGAUCAAGUAUGGGCAACAUUUUCGUUUGGAAUGUGUGGAGAGUCAAGAUGAUGUUCUACUGCUGUAUAGUGCAGCGAAAUCGUUGAAUUUGAAAAGUGUAAUCUAUACGACUUUCGAUUCGAGGAAAUGGGGUGAAAUCAAUUUGCCUUUGGGGUUAUGUAGGAAAAGUAACUGUGGUUUCGGCAAGGAAAUACCAUCGGCGUGUACAAAAUGGUUCUGCACACAUAUUGAGCCGAAGAAACGCUUCGAAACUUAUGGAACGCCAGUACCGAGCAAUUCGGCGUUGGUCAUCACGCAUGUUCCAACAAACAAGAAUCUUGCGGCGGAAAACGUGGUCGUACAAACACUCUUCGGACCGGAGUUUCUCGUUUCCGUGCAGAAUUAUAAGGACAUAUACAGGCGCGAACGUUGGCAAAAUAUUUGGAUGAUAUGCAAUGGCCAGAGUGAGGGGAAGCAAUAGGUAUUUCGCAGCUAACGGAUCAAUGAACGAACUCUGCGAAAAAUUCUUUUUGUUUAGUAAAAUGUAAGAGAAGAAUUUAAAACGAGAUUUCAAAAUUAAACAAAUUUAUAUAAAAGUCAAAUUAAAAUGAAAGAAAAACCCUAAGCAAAUUUGCAAAUCGGACGGCUGAGAGACGGUUUUUGUUUUUGCGAAAUGCCCAAUGUACUGUAGCUCCACUGGUUGAAGGCCUUUAAGCAAGAUAACGGUCUCGCGCAACAUGACUUCCAGACAGCCACAAUACAAAUGGCAAACAUUUGCACAGUGACAAAUUAAAGUCAACGCCUUCACAGCUAACCCGCUGGUCAAUGGUAUGUGGGAGGUCCUACAAACAUUGAUAGAAGAUAUCAAGCGCUUCGAAUCUCAAACGGCUUAGCGAAGUUCUUGGUAGCCAGUCGUUGACCCUGCACUUGUUGUGCGCAAAAUUUAUGUACACAGCGGGGUGCUAACU